AUGAUUGCCCAAGGUCCUGUUCUUCCAAGUGCUGCUCUCCGCAACAACGGAAGCAGCGCUGGCUACGGAAGGAGCCCACGCGCGGGCAAGGAGCAGAGUCCGGAGAAAAAGGCAACAGUUCCUCGCUAUCGCUCGGCGAUGUUGGAUUGUUCUCCACGGAGCAGUGCAUCUGGCAGAAACAGCCCAGAGGCACGCAAAGCAGGUGCCAAGCAAGCUCGACGUCAACGCACAGCGAUGCUCAUUUCCGACCGCACUCCCAAGGCCAAAGAGGGUGCCAACUCCAACCUCGACCACUCUAGGACGGCAAUGCUGAUGUCCAACAAGUCCAUGGAAGAUGAUGGCACGCAGUCAACAAACAGCUUGCUGAGCAUGAUGCAAGGCAAGGUGAAGGGUUUGGUUGAGUCGGUGCGCCAUCGCGGCUAG